CGAUCAGUGCAAACAUUGCAAAGCAAACAAAGGAUUCCCGCCAGAUGACACGGCUGUUUGUUUUAUUUUGUAUGCGAUUUUGGCACCACUCGUCGAGCGUCACUCAAGCUCGAGCUCUCGAGUCUCGACCUGCGAACACCAUGAUUUGAUGGUUAAUAUGGUCAUCAGCUAGGUAUAAAAAAUUUUUGAACACACAUAUAUACAUAUAUGUAUAUUAUUCUGACGAAAAAGUUGACAAAAUAGACAUCAUUUAUUGUUAUCAUUGGCAACAACAAUGCAAUAUCAUCGUUGAAUGGUUUGAAACACGAUCUUGGUUUACUUAACUGAGUUUUUGUGAAAAGAUAUAUUGACAGACAAGUUACUGUUUAUCUUCUAAUAUAUUUUUGCUAACGUGUCAUCCGGUAAGAUAUUAAGACGUUGAAUCCAGGCUGCUUGGAAAAGAUUUACUACUCAUUUUUUGUCAAGAUCAUGUCAAGGAUAGUAAUGUUCAGAUGAUUUAGAGAAACUGAGUGCAGUGUGAUAAUAUCAAAAUUAGUGAUUUACAUUGGAAUUUUUUUCUAUAUUGUCUAUAGUAACUACCUAAUAGACUACUGCUAAACAACCCUACUGCUGCACAUUGUAUUGUAUAAAUUUCAUUAGCCCAAAAAUUAAAAGGAUUUAAAAAAUGCCACAUCCUAGCAUAAACAAAAAUGAGUCAACUGACUCUGAAUCCAACAUGUCUAGUACAUUAUCUUCAAGAAAUAAUAUUAAAUUUUCUGUCAAAAAAAUUCUAUAUGAAAAUGAGAAUCAAAGAAGAGAAAAGGUAAAAAGAAUUGUUGAAUUGAAAAGACAAGAAAUGGAAAAGAAACAAAAGGAUUUACAAUCACAGUUAUCUAAAAUUUUUUAUCAAAAAGCUAUUCAACGUGAGAAAGAAAUUGCUGAGAGACUAGCUAGCUUAGAAAUGAAAGAAGAACAGUUAGAACGUCAGCUUGAAAUUGAUAGAAAAAAUGAGGUGCAGAGACAAAGAAUCAAAGAAAGUGAUGAAAUUUCAAAACAAAUAUUACCAUUUCAAGAAAUUUUGUAUGCCAAGUGGACAGAUAUCAUUAAUACUUUAAAGUCUUGCCAAGAUAAAAAUUCAGCUGCAAUGUUAUUAAAUCAAUAUAGUUCUAGGUUGAAAGAGUUAAAUUUACAGAUGGAAACAAUCAAUGAAAAAGUAAAAAAUGGAACUCUAACUCUAGCUGAUGUUAAAAUGGCAGAAAUUAUUGCUGGGUACAGUAAUGAAAUUUGCUUAUUAUUCAAAGGUGACAUAGAUGAGAUUGAUGCUCUUUGUGAACAAGAAAUAGAACGAAAUGAAAAAAACUUAUUAGAAGCAAAUUUAUCUGCUGAAAGUGACACUCAAAAAAUUGAACCAGUACAAGAUUUAGAACAGCAAAAUAUAAAUACUGUACAUCCAGAUGCAAACAAUGGUAACAUUGAUCAUGUUUUUGUUCAACAAUCACCCGAAACUGUCAGUGAAAGCUUGCCAGAUAAUUCUAUUGCAGUUUCUGAAAACAUAGUUGCAUCUAUACCAGCUGAAGUACCAUCUGAACAGAAAGUAGAUGAGACACUUAAACAGGCAGAAGAUGUAUCUUUACAGAUUUAUUUACAAAGUUGUCAGUUCCUGAGAGAUUAUAAUUUGUUAUAUCAAGAUUUUGCACAAUCUAUUGCAACGAAAAAAUUUAAGUUUGAGUGUCAAAAAUCACUGAAUCUAGCAGUUAAUGCUAUAUCUCAUGCCAGCCGAGAACAAUUAGUUGAUAAAUUUGAAAGAUUAAAAGCUUUCUUGUUGGGAAAAGGCACACCAAAUAUUUCAUCAAAUCCUCAAGCUCAGUACUACUCAAAGUGCCUUUUAGCACAAAAGAUUGUUGAACAAGGAGACACAUCAAUUUCAAGUAAACCUGAAUUAGCUUUUCCAUUUGCUGCUAUAGCUGUAGCAUUAUGGAAUGAUUGGCCAGAUUUUGGUGAUCUUCUAUUAGCAUUCUUUAGGACAAAGUGUCCAUUUUUUAUUCCUUUACUUUUACACCCUGAACCAAAUCAGUCAGAGGAAAUUUAUAUCAAAUUGAUUGGUUGGAAAUGUACUGAAGAUGGUGAACUUGAGAAACCUGAACAAUAUUGGAAGAGAAUAGGAGGAAUGAUGUAUCUUUAUGCAUCAAUAAUAGUGACAAAACAACGACAAAGCGUAAAUAAACCUCAUCCACAUGGACUUGCACAUGCAUGGAGAUGGCUUGCAGCUACUUUGAAUAUUGAGCCCACUUGUGAUACUGCAGAUAUAUUCGCUACAUUAAUAUUCACAAUGCUUGAAGUAGCUGGAAAUGAUUUGUGGAAAACAUAUCCAAAUCAGUUUCCUAAAGUAUUGCUAGUACUUAAAAAUGUAUAUUUCCAAAAAUUGAAUAAUUUUGAUUCUGUUGUAAAGGCUCCAGUCAUACGGUUGGGUGAGUUGAUAGAAUCAGCUUUAAAAAAUUCUCAUAUACCACCACCUAAAGGACAGUUACCACCUGGUUUCUGGUAGUAAAAAUUAGAUAAAUAAAUAGAUAAAAAUGUCUAAUAUCAUAGAAAGGUGUGUAAAUUUUUUAUAGCAAAAUGUACAUAGAAACCUUUCCUAGCAAGUUUGAAACUGGAAAUUAAAAGAAUAUUAAAAUAUAUAAAUACUGGAAGUUUUUCUUUAAGCUUGUUUAAUGUAGUAUAAUAAAAUCUGUCAUUGUCAUGUGUAUAUAAUUAAUGGAUAAGUGAUAGAAAAAUCUUUGUAAUGAAUUUUUAU